AUGACCCGGAAUAAUUUGGCCUCCCACCUCAAAUGGCUAUUAAACCAAGGGCCUUCACUCUACCCCUCCCUAACGCCAUCUGCACGAGACAUUGAGUACGACGACGCUAUUGCCCGGAACGCUCCCGCUGACGACCCAGCGCCGCCAGCGAAUUUUGGAAAUAUACACUCGGCUUCCUUUUCCAUCAAGGACUCUCAAAUACCCGCUGGGACUGUUGUCGAGGAUUUUCAAGAAAAUGGUGCGAAGAUAGAGGAUGAUGAUGCUGAGAUGGCACGGUUGCUAUUUGAUCCGGAGUCCUCGAGCAAGCCUCGAAUGCUGAGUUGCUCGAAGGAUGGUUUGUCCAGUUCGCAUAAAAGCAAACCUGCUCGCAAGCAGGAAGAAUCACCGACGCAGCAUCGAGGAGCCAAGCACCGGAAUGAAGUUAAAGACUUUCAAUACGACUUACCUUCUUCAUCUCGCAAGAUAAAUCGAUCAACAGCGACUCCUCGGCCGAAGCGUGAAUUUGACUUGACAUCACCGCUACUUGAUAUUGAUUCCAUUGACUUGACCGGAGACGUCGACCAAACCACUGUUUCAUCAGGGACGUUAGAGGAGUUUGGAGAAUCACAUAAGCUAUGGACAGAAGAUGCUGCAUUUCGCAAAGAGCCGGAUGAGAAGCGAGGCAAGAAGAGGAAAAGCGACGAGUACAAAUCCGACUUGUUUUCGCCAAAGAGACAUGCUCCCAAAGUUCGUUCGCCGUUACGACCAAGCAAAUUUGAAGAUCAUGAAGACCUUGAUUUCACCAAAUCAAGAAGUACUCCGCGUCUUUCGCCAGCACCUAGGAACCAUGCUCCAUCUCCGGCGCCUCACCGAAAUCGCCAGGAUCGAGUCAUUGCGGAUUCGGAUGAUGACGAUGGAGAUUCGUUUGACGAGUGGAUUCCCGAUUAUGACGAUCUAGGAGCAGGGACCGAUGCGGAGCUGUACCCAGAACUUCCCAUGGAGGAUAAUGAUGUUUUUAAUGAGCCUCCCAAGGAAACAGAACGGGUGCCUUCUUCUUCGUUUGAUCCGAGAAACGUCUCCACCCAAGACACGCAAUCUCAAAUCUACAGGCCAGUCGACAAUAAUCCCAAAGGCAUCCAACAAGCCAAACCAUUCAAUCUAUCUCCUAUUGCAGAGCCGUCUAGCUCUCAAGACAAAAGAGAUCCGAAUGUCGUCAAGUUUUUGGCUCUAUCUGUCAACUCGCUGGAUGAAAGAACAUCUGAACUCAAGAAUACCUGCCAAAAGAAUGCGGAAAUCGUCUAUCAACGAGCAAUGGCCGGAGAACCAGCCCUGGACCUAAUUGCUGAAAACAAAAUCCUUAGAGACCGGAUAGAUGCAAUCGAAACUUUAAAGAAGCAAAAGGGGGCGCAUGAAACCUGCUCGUCUAAAAAGGAUCGUCUGAAGAAAUCGAUUAUGCAAGUUACAUUAGAAGGUGGCGACCCAUCUAAAAUGCCUGAGCUUGCACAAAGUCGGGCAAUAGUGAAAGAACUGGACCAAAUCGAGACGAAGAUAUGUGACCUUCUUCAGCGUGUCGACCUAUUCACAUCAGUACCAGCCUCUUCAAAGCGAAACCAGUCCAGAAAUGACUCCCCAAGUUUGAGCUUUUCGCCUCAAGCCCCUUCACCAGAGCCUACUCGAUCUGCAAGAACCGAUUUGUAUCCUAAGAAUUCGAUCUCGGCUGGAAGUCCAUUGUUUGUGUCCCCUGCAGCGUCUGUGUCUAAAAGCAGCAAACCACGAACAGAAUUUCCACCUGCCGCAGCAAGCUCAUCAUUUCAUAGAACUUCAAAACAAAGUAGUAGCCGUGGAGCAUUCGACUAUCACGAACCAAUGGGUAGCGACGAGGACGACUCUUUUACCCGCAAUAUGGGCUCUCCGAGUAUCCCUGCGGCGGAUAUGGAUGAAUUUGAUUUCGAUGCCGAUGACGCGGAAAUGCUGGAAGUUGCAGGAAAUCUCGAUGAAGAUUAUCCUCUUCCUGAUGAUAAUCAUCAAAACCGCAAGGUUUUUGCUGAAACAUCUGGAAAUACUGCUCGGAAUCCGUCGUCUCAAAAACCGGUAAACUACACCGCCCUCUGGAAUGACAGCCCUUGGUCAAGAGAUGUGAAAAAUGUUCUGAGAGAUCGUUUCAACCUUCGAGGAUUCCGAAUGAAUCAGCUCGAAGCUAUUGAUGGGACCUUGAGCGGAAAAGAUGUCUUCGUUCUAAUGCCGACAGGCGGAGGAAAGUCACUGUGCUACCAAUUACCCUCCGUUGUGACAAGUGGUAAAACCCAGGGAGUUACGAUAGUGAUAUCGCCAUUGUUGAGUUUGAUGCAGGAUCAAGUAUCGCACCUGAAAAAACUGAAAAUCAAGGCCUUUUUGUUAAAUGGCGAGACAAAGAAGGAAGAACGACAAUGGAUAAUAAGUACACUUUCGGGCUCAUGGCCGGAGAAGGACAUCGAGCUUCUAUACAUCACGCCGGAAAUGAUCAACAAAAAUCUCAGCCUUACUCGAACUCUCGAAAAGCUCCAUGGCAAACGCAAGCUUGCACGCAUUGUUAUUGACGAAGCACAUUGUGUCAGUCAAUGGGGACACGACUUUCGACCUGAUUACAAGGAACUUGGAGAAGUUAGAGCCCGACUACCAGGGGUUCCUAUGAUGGCUUUGACUGCCACUGCCACAGAGAACGUCAAGGUAGACGUCAUCCAUAACUUACAAAUGGAAGGCUGCGAAGUACUCACUCAAAGUUUUAAUCGACCCAAUUUGACAUAUGAAGUGAGACCAAAGUUAAAGGGAGCUGAACUUCUAUCCAGCAUAGCGCAGAUUAUUACGACAUCCUAUCGAAACCAAUCUGGAAUUGUUUAUUGUCUUUCACGAAAAACAUGUGAGAAGGUUGCAGCCGACCUCCAAAAGGACCAUGGUAUCAAAGCCGCCCACUACCACGCAGGCAUGAAGUCGGAAGACAGAGCAGAAAUUCAACAACGCUGGCAAUCUGGGCGUUAUCAUGUUAUAGUCGCAACGAUUGCUUUCGGGAUGGGAAUCGAUAAGCCGGAUGUCCGCUAUGUUAUCCAUCAUAGUAUUCCGAAAAGUUUGGAAGGGUAUUAUCAGGAAACUGGCCGUGCCGGGCGAGAUGGCAAGCGUUCUGGCUGCUACCUCUAUUACAGCUACAAGGAUACAACGACACUAAACAGCAUGAUUGAUAAAGGCGAAGGCAGUGCGGAACAGAAAAAUCGACAGCGUCAAAUGUUACGCAAUGUUGUCCAAUACUGCGAAAACAAAAGCGACUGCCGGAGAGUACAGAUUCUCGCUUAUUUCAACGAAUACUUUCGCCAAGAGGACUGCAACAAUGCUUGUGAUAAUUGCAAAUCGGACUCUGUCUUCGAGGAGCAUGACUUCUCUCAGCAUGCCGCAUCGGCCAUCAAAAUUGUCCGGCACUUUGAAAGGGAAUUGAAUGACAAUGUGACAUUGUCUUAUUGUGUGAACAUGUUCCGUGGAUCCGUGAAACGAUUUAGAUCUCCUGAACAUAAGCAUGUCCCGGGCUACGGAGCCGGUUCGGAUUUGGACAUGGGUGAGGCGGAACGAGUUUUCCAUCGGCUAUUGAGCGAGGGUGCUUUGCUCGAGGAUAAUGUACUGAAUCGCAGCAAAUUCGCUGUCCAAUACAUCAAAAUCGGCCGGCGCGCUGCUGAAUUUGAAAAUGGCCGCCGUAAACUAACGCUUCAAGUUCGUGUUUCGCCUACCAAGAGGAGAAAAACAGCACGAUCCAGCUAUGCGAGUCGGUCUGGGGCUGGGAAGGAUGAUUAUCCGCAGUCUACGAAUGUCUCGUCACCUGUACAAUCAGCACACCAACGCCGUCAGGCUCGGUCACGACAUCAUAAUGCCUUUGACAGUGACAGUGAAAGCGAUGGGUUUGAGGCGAUCCGGAUAGCUGGCAAACCUCAGCGAGAGAGGACCCGCACUGUAGGCCCACCAAUCACUAUUGACUCAAAGCUCGACAAGCUUGACCAUCUUCAUAAAAUCAUCGCGGAAGACUUUUUUAUUGUUGCAAAGCGCCAUUGCCAGGCUUUGGUUAUUAAUAAAGGUCUCCGUGAUCAGCCAUUCCCGGACGGCGUGUUGUGUGAAAUGGUCCUAAGGGUACCUUUCCCUAAAAGUUUGUCGGAGCUUCUUGCAAUUCCCGGAAUUGAUCCCGUGAAGGCAAGACUGUACGGUUCUGAAUUGCUGAAAUUCUUGAAAAGCUCUCAGCUACGUUACGAAGAACUGACAAAAGACGCCGAUAAUGAGAAUGGGGUGGUUCCUGACCCGAACCAUACCAAUGUUAUCACUCUCGAUAGUGAUGAUGAGUUCGGCGGUGCAGAUGUUUUUGGGGGUGAAGAAUUUGCAUUAGGUCUAGAAGACAGUGUCAGUGUCGUCAGUCAAUACUUUGACCCUAGUAGACCGAGUACGGCAAACGGAUCGCUGGAUGAGUUUCGGUAUGCGCCUUCCGAGUCUGGUGGCGGCUCCAAAACACGAAAGCGCCAAGGUAGCAAAAAGCCUCGCCGAAAAAAUGCCCCAGAUUCAGGUUUCAAAUCAAAAGGCUCAAGAGCCAAGCCGAGAUACGGAGAUCGUGGCGAGGGCAGCUCUUCAGGGCCGCGGAGAGGCUCAAAAGCCAAACAAUCGCAAUCGACCUCCCGAAUCGGAAUGAUGCCUAUUUGA